CGAAUUUACUCUAAUAAUAGGGCUCAAACGUGCAUGUGUGUUUUCCGUGUUGGUGAACUGAGUUAUCUUGACAUGUAAGCACUCUCUGAUGAAGCUAAGGUAGCGAGGUAGCUCAUUGGUCCAACGUCACACCACUGUCUUCUUGUUUAUAGCUGCUUACACAGGAAAUGUUUCUAUCUAAGCUCAAAUUUGUGUCCGUGAACAUGAGUGGCGCAGAGAAAACGUGGCGUGGGUCCUCUCUCCAGUUUCUGUUGUUUACAUAGAUCUUCUCUUCACUUAUUUCCGCUCAUUAGAAUCAUCCAUCGCUCGCGCUACCGACCAGCAGCGAUGUACAAGGAGGGGGGCGAGGCGCAUGACGACUGCGGCUCCCGGGAGGAGUGGACGCUCCUGUUCUGGACCUCUCUGGCCGUCAUCGUCCCGGUCAUCAUCACGCUGUGGUGCAGCGCCCAGCGCUCCAAGCGGAAAACGCACAUGAAGGAUUUCUUCCGCAAGAGCAAGCACGGCUGGCACUACACAGACCUGUUCAACAAGCCCACCUACUGCUGCGUCUGCUCCCAGCACAUCCUCCAAGGGGCUUUCUGCGACUGCUGCGGCGUGUGCGCCGACGAGCAGUGCCUGCGCCGGGCCGACCGGAGCCUGUCGUGCAAGGAGAUCAUGGCCCCCUCUACCCCCGAAGGAGCCAUGGAGCACCGCUGGGUCCGCGGAAAUGUACCCCUCGCCAGCUACUGUGCAGUGUGCAAACAGCAGUGUGGGACCCAGCCGAAGCUCUGCGACUUCAGGUGUGUGUGGUGUCAGGCCAUAGUGCACGAUGACUGCAUGGACAGCCUGGCAGAUGCAGACCAGUGUGACCUGGGCGAGUUCCACAGCCUCAUCAUCCCUCCUCAUUACCUGUACCGUGUCAACAAGCUCCGCCGCAGGCACCCCGAUGAGUACAGCAAGCUGGCCUCUUCCUUUGGCAGUGGCUGGACUCCGGUGUUGGUCUUGGCUAACACACGUAGUGGCAACAACAUGGGGGAGGCUCUGCUGGGAGAAUUUCGCACCCUUCUGAAUCCUGUGCAGGUGUUUGACCUGUCUGAGCUGACGCCCUCCAAAGCCCUCCAGCUGUGCACCCUGCUUCCCCCCGGCAGUGUCCGGGUGCUGGUGUGUGGGGGUGAUGGUACAGUGGGCUGGGUGCUGGAUGCCAUCGAUACUAUGAAGCUGAAGGGCCAAGACCAGUUUAUGCCAAGGGUGACCAUCCUGCCCCUGGGGACAGGAAAUGACCUUUCCAACACUUUAGGCUGGGGUGCCGGGUAUGCUGGAGAGAUUGCUGUGGAACAGGUUCUCCGUAACAUCCUUGAUGCAGAGGUGGUCAAAAUGGACAGAUGGAAAGUGCAAGUGGCUUCAAAAGGCCUCUACUUUCGUAAACCAAAGGUUCUGUCCAUGAACAACUACUUCUCUGUGGGGCCUGAUGCUCUGAUGGCGCUCAACUUCCACACACACCGCGAGAAAACACCCUCCUUCUUCUCCAGCCGCAUCAUCAACAAGGCUGUUUAUUUCCUGUAUGGUACCAAAGACUGUUUAGUGCAGGAAUGUAAGGAUCUGGAUAAGAGGAUUGAGCUGGAGUUGGAUGGGGAGAGGGUGGCUCUGCCCAGCCUGGAGGGCAUCAUAGUUUGUAACAUUGGCUACUGGGGUGGAGGCUGCAGACUCUGGGAGGGUAUGGGGGACGAACCCUGCCCCCCCACACGGCUGGAUGAUGGUCUGCUGGAGGUGGUGGGUGUGUUUGGCUCCUUCCACUGUGCUCAGAUCCAGGUCAAGCUGGCCAAUCCUGUACGGCUGGGACAGGCCCACACUGUCAGGCUGGUUCUUAAGAGCUCCAAGAUGCCCAUGCAGGUGGACGGGGAGCCAUGGGCCCAGGGUCCCUGCACCAUCACCAUCACCCAUAAGACCCAGGCCCUCAUGCUGUACCACAGCAGCGAGCAGACGGACGAUGACGAUGACGAAUCCAGCGCCUCUGAGACAGAGAGCCCCACCCCUCACGACUCGCCCAGGCCUCCGGAGCUGGCCUCCGCUCGUGCAUGACCCACUCUGAACAUCACGUGAUCUGAAGCUCUUCUUAUCUCUUCUUUCUGCAGCCCAGAUUCUAUUAAUCCCUCAUUUGCAUUUGAGAUGCCACUUACUCGCCCUCCUCUAAGAUAUUUGAACACACUUUAUCCUCAAUCACGUUGAUGAGAAUAGUUUUAAUAGUAAUUUUCUUGUGUAAUCAUUUCAGAUCUUCGGAGAGCUGACAGGUGUCAGAAAGGUUAGUUUGGAAUUGGGCUGGUGUGAUUUAGUUUUUUGGCCUUUUAUCUCUCCAUUCCCAAUAUUUUGUAACCCAGAGCUCAGGAAGUUCCACCUCAACAUGGGUGGGACAGUCAGGAGGAGGUGAAUGUUAUGAAGAAAGAUUGCGGUUUAUUUGCACUGAUCCCUUGUGCCAUAGAUAUCUACAGUCGACUAUACUGUUUAUUAAUCUGUAUUUACAACUGAAUGCCCAGUGCAGCCCUGCAGGUAUCAGUCAGCCAUUUUUAUGAAGUUGCCCAGGUUCGAUUGACCUAACCCCCAUAAAGCCAUGUCUAAAUCAACAGCAGGUGAUGAAGUAGUAAAAGGGGAAAGAACAGUAUAAUCACAACAAAUAUUACAGUACUGUACUUUAUUGCCCAUUAGUUGUUUUUUUUUAUUCCAGAAAGAGCACAAACAAGCAGCUAGUAGACUCUAGUUGGUUGUGUGUGAAAUGUUAAACUGUACAGAAUAUCUGUAAAAGUCCCCUUUCAUCACAAUGUUGAUAGUUUUUAAGUGUCUCCUGAGUGUGUCACCUAAGAUAAAGCUUUGAAAUGUGUGUGUAGGCCAGAAGGUGUCUGAAUCUUGGUGGUUGUCAAUCACUGGACAUUGAUUCAUCGUUCACUGUCUCAAGUAGCUCGCUAAACUUUUAGAUUGUACUAAUGUACAGUCUUGAAUUAUAUUUAACUUUCCUGAUAAGCGCUAUAGGAAACAACCUCACUUUUUUGUUGUGGUUUAUUUUGAAAGUGCUGCCAAGUAAGUGUUGUUCAGAGGAAUAAUUUUGCCUCGUGUAAAACCUUUUGUUUUUCCUCUUCUUUGCCUACGUCCUCCUGUUUACAUAUUUUGUGCUGCACUGUUUUGGCACUCACACUUAUUAACACCUUACACUGCUUAUGACAUAGGAAACCGUAAUAUUGACCUUUGAUGUUGCUGCCAAUAGUGAUAACUGCUGAUGAGAUUAACUUAUCCCAUGUUGUGACUUUAUGUUAUACAAGUAAUCCUCUCGUAUUUUGUUAUUUGUGUUUUACCAAAUAGUCACCACAAGGUGGCAGACUAAAGACAGUAUUUUCUGCAGACAGGGUAAGCAGAGUUGGUCUUCUACUCAAACCUCCACAGUGUAAUAUCAAUACAAUCAGAGUUACUUGCAUGUACUUUCCUGUGUAGUGUUCUGGUGACAUUGUUCUAACUGUUGAGUUUUAUUGUUGCAUCGUUCCUGUACUCUGCAUAAUCUGAGCAAAAGGUCAUUUGUGCUUUGUCCGUAAAAUAGCCUGCUUGUAGGGAUAUUAAUUGUACCUUUUGAGGUGGUCCUGUUUAUUACCUGUCGCUCACAGCCAUAUCGGAAAAUCUAACGUUAUAGAAUGUUAGUUUGUGCUUUCUUAGGAGCCCGGAGGCAACUUGCUGCUGGUUUGGCUGAACGGGUUUGUUUUUAGCCGCGCAAUGCCUAUGCUUUUGGAAUAUGCACCUCCUUUUAACCAGACCUCAUGGUUUCAUCACCCUCUAUUUGUUUGGUGAAUGUCUUUGUGCUCAAGGACACCUGUUUGAUCUUUUAUCUUAUCAUCCAUGUUUACCAGAGUUGUGUGUGUUGUGUUGCACUGAAUUUGCUUAGAUGUAACAGGGGUUCAUUGGCAGCAUUUUAGCCACACUAGCAGCACGGCUCCCGUUCAAAACACUGUUUUAGAGUGAAAUACCUCGAUGACUGUUGAUGAAUUGUGAUGCAGUUUGAUACAGAUAAAAUGAAUGGUCCCCAGAGAAUGAAUCGUAAUGAUUUUGUUGAUUCUGAGUAUUUAUUUAUCUUCACCAGCAGGUAUACAUUAUACUUGUCAAACAGUUGAUCAUCGUUCCAAAACUACUGACAGAAUUUCUCUCAGCCUUAGCUGUAACGUUAGUUUGAUACGAAUGCUAGAUAGCAUGCUAACAUGCUAGUUUCCAGCUUAAAUCGGAGUUGGAUCUAAAUACAGCUGCACAGUGCAACUUCUUAUUCUGAGAAAAGCUGUUUUCAGCAACAAAAAAAAAAACUUUCUGUGAAGAUUAUGCAACUUUAAUAAGGGCAACAUUUUUUUCCCGGGCGUGCAAUGAAAAUUACACAUCGCUAGCGUGGCUAAAUACUUUUACUUCUUUUAAUGUUUGGGUGGAGGAACAUGACUGUAAUGUUAUUGGUUUGAAUGCUCCCAAUUCAAAAAGCUGUAAUUUAUUAUUAUUUGUUAAAUGUAGAGCAGUAUUUAGAGUGGCUUCAGAAAGUUUUUAGACCACUUCACAGAUAGAUGUAGAUGUAAUUUCAAGUGGAAUCAGUCUAGAUCUAUAGUCAAUAACCCACUAAGUAAAAACACGUUUUCAAAAUUUAUUGCAUAUUUAUUGAAAAUCAAAACUGAAAUCUCUCCAUUAUGUAAGUAUUUGUAAUUGGCUUUAGUUUAGGCAGGCGUGCGUGUGUGUGUGUGUGUGUGUGUGUGUGUGUGUGUGUGUGUGUGUGUGUGUGUGUGUGUGUGUGUGUGUGUGUGUGUGUGUGUGUGUGUGUGUGUGUGUGUGUGUGUGUGUGUGUGUGUGUGUGUGUGUGUGUGUGUGUGUGUGUGUGUGUGUGUAAGGUCCCAAAAUUCACACUGCAUGUCAGGACAAAAGCUAAGCCAUGAAGUUCAAUUAACUGGCUGGUGAUGUAUAAAUCAGGAUAUAGGAAUAAAACCAUUUAAAGGACUCGGAGCAUGAGGAAAAAGGGUCCCUGGUCUGAUGAGGAAAAAAAUUUAACUCUUAGCUAGAACUCUGUACUGUGUCUGACGACCACCAGGCACUGCUCAUCAACUGGCUAAUAUCGUCCCUACGAUGAAGCAUGGUGGUUUCAACAUCAUGGUAUGGGGGUGCUUCUCAGUGACAGGACACUGGUCAGAAUUGAGGGAAGGAUGAAAUCAGCCUAAUA